AAGAAAGAGAAAGGAGAAACAAUUGAAGGACUUUAAACGACAAAAACUUUUGAAGCAGAUACCACAUCAAUAUUAUUAAAAGUCUCCCUCUCCCUCCUCAAUAACUUCCAUUAUCGAUCCAUCGAUUCUUUCUUGAGCUCCGAAACAUCCUCCGGUUCUUCUCCGAUUCUCUACGCCCCAGCCUACGACAAAACUCUGCAACCUUACACAACUUCCGUUCCUCAAACUCAAAAUCCAUCCAAGCUCUUGCCUUUCCUCGUUCUGUGUUGAGAGAGGAUGAUUCAGCUUCUGUUCAUGGUGGUUUUGUCGGAGAUGGCGGUGAUAAUCCUGAUGUCGUUCAAGACGCCGCUGCGGAAGCUUGUGAUCAUGGCGUUGGAUCGGGUGAAGCGCGGCCGUGGACCGGUCGUGGUGAAGACGGUGUCGGCGACUGCCGCAGUGUUGCUCGCGUCGAGCGUCUACAGCAUGGUUAAGAUCCAGAAGCGCUGGAUCGACGACGGCGCCUCCAAUCCCACCGAUCAGGUCAUCAUGGCCAAACACCUUCUCGAGGCCACUCUCAUGGGAUCAUCCCUAUUUCUUGUCCUCAUGAUAGAUAGAUUACACCACUAUAUUAGAGAACUUCGUAUACGAAGGAAGACUUUGGAGGCUGUUAAGAAACAGAACCAAGCAUUUGAGGAUGGCAAGACAGGCGGUUCUGAUGAAAUCAAAGCCAAAGAAGAAGAGAUGGCCACACUGCGGACAACACUGAAGCAGCUAGAAUCAGAGCUUGAGACAAAAACAAAGGACAUACAUGCUGCAGAAGCUAAUGCAGUUGCUUUGCAGAAACAAUCAGAAGGAUUCCUCCUCGAGUAUGAUCGUCUACUGGAGGAAAACCAAAAUCUGCGGAACCAGUUGCAAAUAUUGGAUCGAGGAUUGUCGCGUUCGAAUAGCAAGAAAAAUUCCUAAGGAAUCAUUGACCUCUUAAAAAUUUCAUUUUAUUUCAAUUUUUUGAAAAGUAUUUUGUAGGAUUUGUUGCGAGUUCAAUGAUGGAUUUGUUAGUUAGAGUUCAGUUUUCAUCUAUAGCAUCAUUGCAAGUGUGGAGAAAAUACAAGCAGCAGAAAAGAAAAAUAAAUAGGAUUUUAAGUUUUGUGUUUUAAUUUAUCGAAGAGCUGGAACUGAAGUAGAAUGGAUGAGUUGUAGUAUAUACAAAACUUUGAUUGAUUGCUCUGUUAUGUUUUAUUUAUCUAUAUGUUUUCGUAUAGUAUGUAAAAUUUGACCAACUAUGGACAGGGAAGC